AUGUCAACAGCACCGACAGUACUUGUACUUGGCGGUUUAGGUUUUAUUGGACGUAAUUUUGUUCCUUACCUUUACGAGAAUAAACUUGCUUCAGAAAUAAGAGUAGUUGACAAGUCGUUGCUUUUAACUGCUAACCUGAACCCGAAACAAAAAGAGGCGUUCAAAAAUGUAGAAGUUAAACAGAAGGACUUGGUUGAUCUUGCCUCUAUCAGAGAUGUCUUUACACGGGAAGAUGGAAGCUCUUAUGACUACGUAUUUAAUUUAGCAGCCGAAACGAAAUAUUCGCAAAGUGAAAUAGUUUACGAAGACCGUGUAUAUUUAUUAUCGGUUCGUAAUGCUGAAGAGGCUGCUAAGCGUAAAGUCAAAUGUUUUGUUGAAUUAUCGACAGCGGAAAUUUACCAGGGAGACAAAAAUCCUAGUAAGGAGGACGAAAAAAUAAAGCCAUGGACCAAUAUUGCAAAAUAUAAAUAUAAAGCUGAAGAAAAAUUGAAGACAAUUGAAGGUCUUAAUCUAGUCAUUUUGCGACCAGCCAUUGUUUACGGAAAGGGGGCACAGAUGGGUUUAGUUCCUCGUAUUGUAUGUGGUAGAAUUUAUCAAUAUACCAAAGAGGAAAUGAAGUUUUUGUGGAGCAAAGACCUAAAGAUCAAUACUGUUCACGUAACUGAUGUAGUUCGUGCAAUGUGGCAUAUUGCUGGUUGGUAUGAAGAAAAUGAAAGGUCAGGUAAAGGAGUGUUGACUUAUAACUUGGCCGAUCAAGGCAAUACAGAUCAAGAGAGAGUUAACAAACACAUUAGUAACGUCUUUAAAAUUCAAACCGGAUGUCUCGGGACUAUUGCUUCUAACUUUGCUCAAUUGAAUCUUGAUAAUACUGUUGAAGAUGUUAAUGAUAAACAUAUGCGUCCUUGGGCUUUUCUCUUGAAAAGAAAUAAAAUCAAGAGUACUCCAUUAAGUCCAUAUCUGGAUAAAGAAUUAUUAUACAAUAAUGCAUUGUCUGUUGAUGGUACAAAAAUUACCCAGGAUACAAAAUUUCAAUAUGAAGUUCCUGAACUGACAGAUGAGAAAAUUCAAGAAAUGAUUGACGAUUUUAUUGUAUUAGGUUUAUGGCCAGUUGAUGAUUAA